UUUCAGAUUCUAUGGUGUGGGUAAAGCCUGAGCAUUUAAUAUUGGCACAAUCGUUUUGGUCAUGCGAGAAAGCCAGCAAAUACUUCCAACUCCAACGUCGAAAAGGACACGGAACACGUGGCUUUUCGUCUCUUAUCGUUGCAACAAUCGAUUCGGUUUUCGACACGAGACCCCCUCCAUACCGAAUAAUUUACGAUUUUGAUGAUGAAGAUGUACACAUUUCGAUUGUGCUAGCAGUAGCUGUAGAGGAAAAAGAAAUUGAAGAACACUGGAAUCAUGUUCUACAACAUUUUGUUCCGGCGAUAGAACCCCUUCAAUUCGAGAAAGAUGUCCGAAGAUAUGUUACUACGAAAGUAGAAAGUUUAGCUAAUAAUUCAGAAGAAGUAGUUUCACCUUAUUCAGAAGAACUCGACUCGGUUUCCACACGAUCGUGCCUUGAGAAAUUCCAUAAAUCAUUUUCAAUUCCUCCUGACGAGAAGCUUGUUAAUUACUACAAAUGUUGCCUGUGGAAGGGAAAAGUUCCGGCUCAAGGAGAUUUGUUCCUUUCUGUCAAUUUUCUGUGUUUUCACGCUUUUAUGAUGGGAAAUGAAACGAAAAUUAAGCUGAAAUGGACGGAUAUUGUGAGAUUGGAGCGAGUUUCGUCGAUUCUCUUCCCACAAAGCAUUCUCGUCGUAACGAAAGAAGACAAAAAAUUCAGUUUUUCAAUGUUCCUGAAUUUUGAGGAAACAUUUCAACUCGCAUCACAACUUGCAAAUAUCGCAAUGAAACAGCUAAUAGAAGAAGAAGGAUUCUGCGAGGACAGUGCUCUCCGCCGAAAAAUGCUCAUGGAAAGUGAGCACAGAAGGACUGUAAAGACGAAAGCAUCGUUUUUGAAACGAGAUCUUGAUGCCAGACAUCGAAGUGACGCUUUUAGAUGUCAAUUCAACUUACCUCUAACAGAGAAGCUCGAUGGAGAUACACAAUGUCGACUAUUCACUCCCUAUGAUAGACGUCAUGUACCUGGAAAAUUGUUCGUUUCGGCGAAUUUUGUUUGUUUUGCAAGCCGAACAGAGCGAUUAGUUUCAAUUGUAGUUCCACUAAUCGAGGUGACAUCAAUUGAAGAAUGUUCUCCAGUAUCUUCAAGUCAAACAACUCAAGGAAUUCUUCUAUGUUUACGAAAUGAUGCUACAGUAAUAUUCUCAGCAGUACCGGAUCGUGAUCGUGUUUUGUCGAAGAUUACUGUAUUUUUGGAACGUGGAAAAAUUGAACGAACUAUGGAGAAGGCGAAGGCUGAUUCGGAAAGAGGCCGGAGUUCAACUUCAUCUUCAAGUUCUUCAUUCGACAAGCUCAUCUGGGACUGCCCACUAAUCGAGAAAUAUCCAUUCGGAGCUGAUGCUUCUGACAAAUGCCGUGAAAAAUGGAAUAAGUAUCUUCAAGAAUACGGAACCGGUGUUUGUAUGUACAGAACAGUUGAACUUCAUCGUCUUCUACUCGAAGGUGUCCCCCUACAGCUCCGCGGUCAAAUCUGGAUGGUUUGCUCUGGAGCCGCUGCGGAAAUGGCUCUGAAUCCAGGUUACUACCGAGAGUUGCUCCAUAAGAACCAAGGAGUCUAUAGUGUUGCACUUGAGGAAAUCGAACGAGAUUUACACAGAAGUCUUCCGGAGCAUCCUGCUUUUCAGCAAGGGCCUGGAAUUGAUGCUCUUCGGCGAAUUUUGACAGCUUAUGCGUUCCGGAAUCCGAAUAUUGGUUAUUGUCAAGCGAUGAAUAUAGUCGGAUCUGUACUUUUACUUUUUACUAAGGAAGAAGAAGCUUUUUGGCUUUUAGUCGCUGUUUGUGAACGUCUUCUUCCGGAUUACUAUAAUACAAAAGUCGUCGGAGCACUGGUAGAUCAAGGCGUAUUCUCGGAGCUUGUUGAGCGGCUUCUACCAACUGUUGGAGCUCAGUUAACACGACUUGGGCUAGACGAUAUGGUUGCUCUCUCCUGGUUCCUUACAGUUUUCCUGUCGGCAAUUAAAUUCGAUGCAGCAGUUCGGAUUCUUGAUUUGUUCUUUUUCGAAGGAGCUAGGUUAAUGUUCCAAGUGGCACUGGAAAUGUUAAAAGAGAACGAGAAGCUCAUUUGUGAAUCGAGAGAUGACGGAGAAAUUCUGAUGAGCCUUGCAAAAUAUACUGAAAGCAUUUACGAAGGGGAUACUGUAGUUGAGAGAAAACCAUCGACUGUACAACUUGGAACAACAAUUCUUUCGGAUUUGGAAGAGGCUGCAUCGACUAUGAUCAAUUUUAUGGGCACAGAUAUUACUCGAACGUUUCCAAAGAUUCCCAUCGGUGACCUUCUGGCGAAUUCAUAUCAAAACUUUGGAUACUGCUUCACGAAUGAGAAUAUCGAAACUCUUCGCCUAAAAAAUCGUCUAAAAGUAGUCCAAAAUUUGGAAGACAAUCAGAUGAGAAGUAUUAUCAAGAGUAUUGGAAAAGAUUGCCGAUUUACGAAUGAAGAACUUGAAGCGUUGUAUAAUGUUGUGAAGGAAGAACAUCUACUAUCAUGGAGGCAUCGACUCGGUGUAUCAGCGAGAGGAAAAAUGGCGGCUGUCACAGAACGACCGAGGCCUGAUCCGUGUGCACAGUCACAGUAUAGAUUGGACUAUGAUCUAUUCUCUGAAGUAUUUCCACGUCUUCUACCUUGGCCAGUGACCAACAUUUUUAUCAUUCGAGUCUUCCGUCUUCUCGAUAUUUCCGACAACGGACUUCUCACAUUCCGUGAUCUUGCAAUUAAUCUUUCGAUUCUACUUCGCGGAGAGGCUACAGAAAAACUUGCACUUUUCUAUAAAUGUCAUCUACCACCAGCCUUCAACAUGUCCGAUCUGGAUGGGCUUGAUUCUAGUGAAGAGAGCUCUCCUGAACGAAAGGAUGGAGAGCCGGAGCUUGCGAUUGAAGCUACGGAUCUUCUUGGAACACCGAAAAGAACACAGGCUCAGUUGCAAGAGAGACGGUCGAAUUCAGUGGAUAUACCAAGGAAAGAGUCGGAUCAAAAUUUGGCUGAUUCGCUGAGGACAAGAUGCAGCACUUCCAGCGCUGUAAUGAUCCAUGCAAACAUGGAAGAACGAGCUUCUGACGCCGAAUCUCUGAUCGAUCUGAUCGCUUCCAAAUCAAUCGGAUCGUGUCCUUCAGAAACUGAUGUAGAUCGAAUUCAAGUUGCUGAUGUCGCUAGUGAGGAAUCGUACUCUGUGGUCGACGAAUCGAUUGAAAAAAUGAAGCAACUGAGAGCAAAAGCACUAUCAUCGCCUGAUUCUAGUUCAACAAAACUUGAAAUGAAGAUGCUUCCAGUGAUGAGUCAGAUACAAUUCAUACAACUUUGGAAGACAUUCUACGAUAUGCUAAGUGGAAAAGAAACUGAACAAUCAGUAUUCCAUUCUCUAGCAGUCACUGGAACUCUUCUUCUACAACUCGGAGAAACUCAUCGAGAAUUACAGGCAAAACUAGAAGCUCAAAUAGCUGAUGCAAUGCAAGAUCUGGAUGAAACUCUGAAGCAUGUAGAAGAUGGAGAUGAAGAAUUUGAAGAGGAUCGGAAGAUUGAUCCGAUUGAGGUUCAGAGAAAACGAAUCGGAGAUAUGCAGACGUGUUUCAGUAUGGCUGAUGACGAGUGGAGAGUGAAUUUGGAGCAGAUUCUGGCAUCUGUGAUGGCUGAAACGACGUUGGCAGAUUUCUUUGAAAGAAAAUACUCGUUGGAUGCAUUGAUCAAAAAGUAUUACAAGACGAGGUUCUCAACUGAUUCCAUCAAUUGACUGGUUGUUGUCGAAGGAGAUGAAACGACUAAUGUUCACGUUGUAAAUAAUAUGUGUGAUAUAUAUAUAUUUGAGCAUGAGAUGCUUGCAUAAUGUUCCAUUGUACAUAUGUAAUCCCCCUCCAUUUAUUCCAUUCACAUUUUACUGUUACGGUUUAUGAAAAAUUAUAAUUUUUAAU